CGGACAUCGAAGGCCUGGUCAGGUGUUUCCGCGUUCGAAUGAUUUCGACUUACGUCAUCGACGCGCUCACUCAUCGCUGCGGCCUAUUCGACUCAUACUACACCAACGCGUCUACACAGAUGGAAGCUCCCCAUCGAGUACCGCUAUGGGUGUCACCGGCCUUUGGACUGUUCUGCAGCCCUGCGCGCGGCCCAUCAAGAUCGAGACGCUGAACAAGCGGCGCAUCGCCGUCGACGCCUCGAUCUGGAUCUACCAGUUUCUCAAAGCUGUGCGCGACAAGGAGGGCAAUGCGCUGCGCAACAGCCAUAUUGUCGGUUUCUUCCGCCGGAUAUGCAAGCUCCUCUUUAUCGGCAUCAGGCCUGUCUUCGUGUUCGAUGGCGGCGCACCGGCGCUCAAGCGACAAACCAUCAACCACCGCAAGUCCCGUCGCGAAGGCAAACGAGACGAUGCAGUCCGAACCGCUGGGAAGCUCCUGGCGAUUCAGAUGCAGAGGGCUGCUGAAGAGGAGGAGCGCAAAAGGAAGGAGGCCGUCAGACACCCGCGUGAGGUGGUGCAGGAGGAAGAGCUCCCGGAGACUCUAGUGUACGCAGAAGAGAUUCUGCAGACACAGCAAGAGCGCACACAGAACAGAAAGUUCAAGAGGACAGAUCAAUAUCAUUUGCCCGAUCUUGGUGUGCCCAUGGCAGAGCUAGGCGCCGACGACCCGCGGAUCAUGUCGCUAGAGGAGCUCGAGGACUACGCGAGGCAAUUUGACAGAGGAGAGGAUAUCAACGUCUACGAUUUCUCCAAGAUCGACUUUGACGGCGUCUUUUUCCAGAGCUUGCCGGCUGCAGAUCGCUACAACAUCCUGAAUGCUGCUCGACUGAGAAGUAGAUUGAGAAUGGGCUACUCGAAGGAUCAGCUUGAUGCCAUGUUCCCAGAUCGAAUGGCGUUCUCCAAAUUCCAGAUCGAGCGCGUUCGCGAACGCAGUGACCUCACGCAACGACUCAUGAAUCUCAACGGUAUGAACGACGACACGACGUUUGGCACGAACCGCAUCGCUGGCGACAAGAACAGGGAAUACGUUUUGGUCAAGAAUGAGGGCGUCGAAGGAGGAUGGGCUCUCGGCGUUGUGACGAACAAGGAUGAGGGCAAGGCUCACAAGCCGAUCGACGUCGACCUGCCCUCACGGGCCGCAAAGCUCGAAGAGGACUGGGAGAGUGAAGACGACUUUGAGGACGUGCCUAUCGAGGGCCUGAAUAGGCUGCCAAAACCAAAACCUGGUCCCAGUCGUGAGACUGUUGAGGGCCGUGAAUUCAUAUCGAAUGAGCUGCGCAGGCGGCGACAGAACUUUUACAAGUCCAGAAAAGAUAGACCGACCCAGUCGCGACCUCGUAGAGCUGCUCCUGUCAGGGAGGAUUCGGAUUCGUUGUUCCUGGCUGAGAGCAACGAGGAGGAGGAGCAAUGGGAGAACGUACCAACCAAUCCUGAAGACGAUUUAUUCGAAGCACCAGGUGACACGGCGGAAGACGAGCAACUGCAACAAGCCAUUGCUCUUUCAAUGCAGCAGAACGACGACGUGGAGGAAGAAGAGGAGCCAGAGGAGCAGGCGCCCCUUAAAGAGUAUCAACAGAAACGUGCUCAAGAGUCGAAUCCAUUCAAAGCUGCGAAGGGAUUUGGAGGACUGGCCAUUGGGAAACUAGCCAAUCAGCGUGCUAACAAGCUUGCUCCAAAGGGCCCUUUUGAGGGCAGCGACAGUGAAGGAGAUGACAUGGACCUGCAAGCAGCGUUAGCUGAAUCUCGUCAGUCCAAACGGUCGACCAACCCACAGAGACCUCCAGCUGCGUCAUCUGAGAGGCCUGCACCUUCAGCAGCAGCCAAAGCAGCUGAUACAAUGAACAUGGGCGGCUUCGAUGGGCCGUUGCCUUUCGAGAAGCUCAAUCUGGGAACCUCGUUGUUGGGCAAGAAGAAGAUGGACAAGAUUGAGCAAGAAACUGCAGGUGGUUUCGAGAAAGACACUGACGCGAAGAACAAGUCUGUACCGCUACCGCCGUGGUUCAAAGGUGAGCGAGAUAUUGGACAGGAACUGGACGAGUAUCGCAACGAAGAGAAGCGAAGGUGGGAGGAGGACCGAAAGGAGGAAAAUGAGCAGUUCCAGUUCCAGCAAUUGCCUCGCUUGCGAAAGCACGAAACGAGGGAAGUCAUCGAUUUGGAUGUAGACCCUAGUCAAAGCCAGAAAGAGAAGCAGGUCAUUGCCUUGGACUCGGACGAAGAAGAGGAUGUCGAGAUGGAAGAUGUACCAAUGAAUACCGUUCAGUCAAAGAAGCUGACCAUGAACGAUCUGGUUAGGACAGAUGACACGGCAGACAAGAUUCAAGUUGAGCCACCGAAACCACUUGUCGAGGAUCAAAGAGCACCUCUUGAACAGAACCCAAAGCUGGUGAUGAAGACACCAUUCGCAGAUGAUUCUGAUGAGGAGCCAGUAGACUGGUCGGAAAGUGAGCCAGAGGAGGGGACAAAUACUUCUUCAAAAGCAGCGCAGGCUAAGAUCACAAAAGAGGUCUCUUUGCCAUCAAAAUCGCCGUCGCCAGAGUUCGAGGAUGUUCCCAUGGCCACCGAGCCAUCAUCUGCACCAGCAGCGCCAGUUGCAGAGGCAGCAAAGUCACCAUCCCCUGAGUUCGAAGACGUUCCCAUGCACACUGAAGCUACAGAUGCCCCGAAAUCACCUUCGCCGGAUUUCGAGGACGUUCCCAUUACUACAACUACUCGUAGGCCCCGCCGCAGCCCAUCUCCUGACUUCCUGCAAGGACCUGAUGAUCUCGAGAUCCCUAUAGUCCCACAUAGCGGACUCGUAGAUGAUAACGUACCCCUCGAGCUACCCGGACACGACUCCGACCAGUACUCUGAUCCUGAAGACGAAGAGUUGUUUGCAUCCCUAGCCGCGGAAGCAGAGGAACACAAUCGCUUUGCUCGAGAAAUCAACACCGCUGCGACUAGUGUCGAUUUCGAGACCGAGCUCAAGCAAUUGCGCGCUCAACAGAAGAAAGAUAGGCGAGAUGCCGAUGAAGUAACGCAAACCAUGGUCGCCGAGUGCCAGCACCUCCUCUCCUUGUUCGGUCUCCCCUAUAUCACGGCACCCAUGGAAGCUGAAGCUCAAUGCGCUGAGCUCGUACACCUUGGCCUUGUCGAUGGCAUUGUCACGGAUGAUUCUGACACAUUCCUGUUCGGCGGCACUCGCGUAUACAAGAACAUGUUCAACGCCGCCAAAUUCGUCGAAUGCUACCUGUCCAACGACCUGACCAGCGAAUUCAGCCUGACGCGCGAGAAACUCAUCGCCAUCGCCCAGCUCCUCGGGAGCGACUACACUACUGGCAUCCCCGGCAUCGGCCCCGUCACCGCUCUCGAAAUCAUCUCCGAGUUUCCGAAGCUCGAGGACUUCAAAGACUGGUGGACCGGCGUGCAGAACAACUCCAUUUCCCGUGAAGUUGACGCACAAAACCCCUUCCGCCGCCGCUUCCGCAAAUCCCAGGCUACCAAGUUGUUCCUGCCCCCCGGCUUUCCGGAUCCGCGCGUCGCCGAUGCGUACCUGAAUCCAGAGGUCGAUUCAGAUCCUCAGCCGUUCCAGUGGGGAGUGCCCGACCUCGCGGCGCUGCGCGCGUUUCUCAGCGCCCAGAUUGGGUGGAGCAGCGAGCGCACUGACGAGGUGCUAGUACCUGUUAUCAAGGACAUGAAUAGACGAGAGAAGGAGGGCACGCAAGCGAAUAUCACGCGCUUCUUUGAGGGAGGUGUGGGCGCUGGAGCAUUUGCGCCGCGCGUCAGAGGGAAUGCGGGGAGUGGGCCGAGUGGGAAGAAGAAGGGUAAGGCUGCGGCGGGGAAGAGGCUUGGUGCUGCGUUGUCGAGAUUGGCCGAAAGGGAAGGCGCGAGAGGUGGAGUGGAUGAUGAGGGCGAUGAGGAGGGGGAUGAAGAUGGUGCUGAGGCCGUGGACGCUGGAAAUGCGAAGCGGACAAAGAGAAAGGUGCCUGUUUCGCUGGCCGCUAUGGAGGAAGAGCCUGCAGAGGUCGAGGAGGAUGAGGAUGAGGAUGCGGCGUAUCAGGAGCCGAAGAAAAAGAAGGCGAGGAAGACGCGCAAGGCUAAAGCCUAGUCGGCACCUUGGAUUUUGGAUACACGAUCAAAGCAAUUACAAAGGUCUCGUGUCAUUGAGAAACUCUCACAGCCUGCGAGCACGCGACAGCACAUACA